AUGCGUCGCGAAGAGGCCAGGCUUCUGGAGGCUCGUGUGCAAAAGGCCAAGAAGUAUCUUGAUCAAAAUCCCACUGCAAAGGUGACCACGGUUGCUCGUCAAUUCGAAGUGCCGCGUGGCCGACUCCGAAGCCGCCUGGACGGCCGAACCAGCUUGACUGACCGCCAACCAACAAAUACGAAAUUGAGCAAGCCAGAAGAAGAUGCACUAUGCCGCUACAUCGAUCGCCUUGGCGCUGUGAAUUUAGCCGUACGCAGAGAGUUCAUUGUGGAUGCUGCAAACCGCAUUCUCAAGGAGCGGUCAGGCAAGGCUAGCCAGAGCAACCCGCCCACCGUGGGCAUACAUUGGAUCGACCGCUUCGUCAAGCGUCAUAAAUAUCUACUAAUGAGCCAAAAGCAGCUGGAAUCGAACCGCCAAGCCGCCGAGGAUAUCCCUACAGUCAUUGAGUGGUACAAGAAACUCCACGCUGUAAUGCAAUCCGAAGGCAUUGUGGAAGACGACAUCUGGAACAUGGACGAAACAGGGUUUCGUAUCGGGGAGUCAGCUACGGCCAUUGAGUGCAUCUCGGCCGCUCGAUGGUACGAAGUCAUGAAGCACUACCCAGACACACGCAUUGCGAUGUCACCAACUGGGUAUAGUAACGACGAGAUCUGCUUGGAGUGGAUCUAUCAUUUCGACGAGCACACGAAAAACAAGACCAAAGGCAACAAGCGGCUACUUCUACUCGAUGGAUUCGGUUCACACCAUACAUACCCGUUUAUCGAGUACUGUGGGCGCCGCGUCUUUCAGCCGCUCAAGCAUUAUCACGCAAAGGCGGUAGACCUAGUGGUUCGUGACGGCUGCACAGAUAUCACCAAAUUGGAGUUCUUGGACUUCAUUCAGGACGUCCGGAAGCAAGCCUUUCGUCAAUUGACCAUCAUUUCUGCGUUUCGGAAGACUGGAAUAGUGCCAUUCAACCAAGAGGUGGUCCUGGCCGUCAUGAAAGCACGCAAAGCUCGUACACCUACCCCUGAAUUGGAUCCGGCCCUCCUGUCUUCACCGUUCGGCACGCCAGUCACCCUCCGGCAAAUGCACAAGGCGGCAACGCAAUUGGAGGACCAGUUUACUAUUGCCGAGGAAUGCAACGAUGGUUCUAUACUUCUCGAGGAGGACUUCCUUGUGUCCGUAGGCCAAUUCAUCCGUGGAGCGAUUUCCACUAACGACUCCGCAGGGCCAUGA